CCCGCGCGUAACACAAGCAUCUAGAGAUGGAGAGUCCUCACGAGCACCAGCAGAGCCUCUUGCUCUCGCGUAUCAUUGUCAAUGUUGAGAAGUUGAAUGAGGCCAUUAUGAUGCUGAACAAGAAUCUUCAAGAGAUCAACAUUCAGAACAUGGACACCGAGCUUGUUGCGCAGAUGUUCAAGAACUACCAGUCGAAUGUCUUGUUCCAUCUCGAAGCAACAAACGGUCUGAAAGACCCAGCUUGAGUAGCCACCUUCCUGCCUGCGCGUACAGAUUGCGGCACAAGGCCUGCUAUUGGAAGUCAAGGAGAAACGGAGUCAUGAUCGAUGAGACGGGAUGCACGAUGUACACAAUGAUAC